AUGAGGCUAGAGCAAACCAUCCAGGCCAGAGAACCUCAGAUAACUGAACUUCUGAACCAAUCAUCCGCUUCCACUUCCACCACCUACCUUGAAGUUUUCGGGCUAUCCUCUAGUCUAUCAGAGUCACAGAAACGUCUCUCUCAGGCAUUGUGUGACUUGCAGAUGGCGUGUCGUAGGAGAGGCAACCAAUUGGGUGCUGCAUGCGAUUGUCUCUCAUUAGCCGGUGAGAUGCGUGACCUUCUUACAACACUUGCAGAGCGUGGCCAACGCAUUGAUGCCCUGGUCACAGUUUCGGCCAUCGACACUAAUGCAGUUGAGAGCACUGGAACCCGUGCUUCAGGAACAGAUGGUGUCGUGACCAAUGCUGGCAUCCCAUUUGCCUUAGCCAAUGGAACCUUCAGUACUUCCAGAAGCAUGGUUAUCGGAGCUGCCAGAAAUAAGAAUUGUGACCCCAUGGGCGAAGUGCUUUUGACUAAACUAAGGGUGAGCGGAGUCACUUUAAACUGA